AAAGACAUAAACGUGUCAAGUGGUUUCAAAAAAUAACAUGGUUUUUAAAAAUGCAAAAUAUAGUUUCAAUUAAAAAAAGAUUAUAAAAUGCAUUCAGGAACUUUGUGAAGUUCACGCAUUGAAAAUAUCAAGGAAUUUGGUGACAACUCGGACUGUAAACUGGAACGUCAACGCACCACGAGCACAGCCGGGGCUAACUUGGUAAUGCUUGCCGAGCUCAGCAUUUGGGAAAUGGUAACUGUUAACGCGUAGAAAAUGGAGGAGAAGGACCGCUUUGCCUUCCUGGCCGAUUGGUACGACCCGACGGCGGCUCUCCUGCGGCGCUACCAACUCUUUUACUACCCCCAUGACAGCUCUGUGGAGAUGUUUGACGUAAAGAACCAGCGCAUCUUCCUGCGGCGGACCAAAUACGGCGACCUGCGCCCGGGCGAUCUGUUUGUGGGCGGCCGAGUCAACGUCUUCUCGCGGCAGCUCAACAUCGUUGACUACGGCGACAAAUACACGGCCGCCAAGCUGGGCAGCAAAAAAGAACGAACCCUCGCGCUGCUCAAGCCGGACGGCGUGAACAAGGUCGGCGAUGUCCUGGAAAUGGCCAACCAGGCCAACCUGAUGGUCACCAACGCCAAGAUGACGCACUUGACAUGGAGCCAAGCGGCAGACUUUUAUGUGGAGCAUCAGUCGAAGCCCUUCUUCAAUUCCUUGGUGCAGCAGGUGUGCUCUGGUCCCGUGGUGGCCUUGGAGCUGGUGGGCGACGAGGCCGUGUCCGUCUGGAGGAACCUCCUGGGGCAUUCGGACGCGGCGGCGGCGCACAAGGAGGCGCCGCAGAGCGCCGGGGGGCAGCUGGGAAGCGACCUGGCGCACGGCUCCGACUCGCUGAGCGCCGCAGCUAGGGAGCUGGAGUUCUUCUUCCCGACCACAAUCUGCCACGGCCCCGUCAACACGGCCCUCUAUUCGCAGUGCACGUGUUGCAUCAUCAAACCUCACGCUGUCUCCCAAGUUCAACGUGGACCGAGCCAACGCCGAGGAGUUCUACGAAGUCUACAAAGGCGUCGUGACGGAAUACACGGACAUGGUGACGGAGCUGUCUUUGGGACCCAGCAUGGUUCUGGAGCUCCACGGCGCCGACGUAGCCAAGACCUUCCGCGACUUCUGCGGGCCCGCCGAUCCGGACAUCGCUCGCCACCUCCGUCCGUCCACGCUGCGAGCCAUCUACGGCAGCGACAAAGUCAAGAACGCCGUCCACUGCACAGACCUCGCAGAGGACGCCAUCCUGGAGGUGCAGUACUUCUUCAAGAUCUUGGACGGAUGAGCGAAUAAAUAAUAAUAAAUCAAAUUUUCAAAAGAAACAUUGAGACUUUGUUGUUGUUUUUUUUUCUCCCUGUUUGAACCAGAUUUAAUACGGACAAGCGCUUGGAUUAUUAAGUUUCUGUUAACAUGUAAUGGGAAACUGUAUUGUUACCUUUCUGUUGUUAUCAAAUCAGUUUUCCUGAAUUGAAAUGCCAUUAAUCCACUCCAGAUAUAAUAAAAGAAUGUAAAGCAGUAAAGUUAUGUAAUGUGUGUGCAUGUAGAGCUAGCGACAGCUCCUUCCUGGAAAAGUUGGGAGUAGGGGUUUGGGCAUGGAGAAUCGAUUGGAAGCGGGACUAACAUUUCAGUUCUCCCGGAAUCGUUCACAUUUUUUAAUUUCGGUUCCUAGUUCCCACGUCUACAGCCCGCCGACCCGCAUUGCGUUGUGCAAAACAAUGUCGGAUUUGGCUAAGGACCCCCGAAAAUGGCUUACGAAGCACGGCUUAAACCGCAAGCUAUCGGUUUCGCGGAGGAACAUGGGAGUCGAGCAGCCGCGAGAGAAUUCCUUUCCGAUCCGAUAAUUCCAGCUGAUGUACUUCACCGCUCAAAUGACUGAAGUAUUAAAAGUAUCGAUUUGUGAUUCAAUUUUAGCGCACAACGAUCUGGUAUCAGAGAUAAUAUUUUGCAGUUUUGAGCUACAUAUCACUACUCAAUGGAUUCUUCCUCAAACUACUUCCCAGAUCUUGGACAGCUGAAGACAAAAAAAAACAAAAAAUAAACACACACAAAUGUCACAUGACUUUUUGAUGUUUGUUGUUUAUUGUUUCAGCCAGAUUAAAUAAAGUGACCAGAAGACUUCUGACAAAGUGUUUUGAUUAUUUUUCUUAUUUCAUUUUUUAUUCUUUUUUUGUCAACAUGUAACGGGAUACUGCAUUGAUACUUAUAUUAUUUUUAUGUUUUCAACCAGCGACUACUUUGGUAUCGGAUUCAAAACAUGACACUUUUGAGAGAAACAGAGAGAGAGAAAUAAAAUGUACAACUGCAUAAAUAUAAAAUUCUUCCACCAUGAACAUGGCUAAAACAUUCAACAGUAUAGGAACUCUGCUAGAAACUAAAACAAAAAAAAAAAAAAAAAAAAACUAAACGACAGAAGGGGGGAAUGAAAAGCGUACAAAUGAUGGAUCCUUUCUUGAUGUUGUCCAGUACCGCGCUAGUAUUUCAAUUAGUCGCACGCACACACACACAAACGCACACGCGCACAGAAGCGGACGAGACGAGAUUUUACGACACAAACACGUCAGUAGUAGUAAGUAGUAGUAAUAGUAGUGGAGUUGCCGAUUUUUUUAAACAUUUUUUUCAUAGUAUGGACGCGUCUCUAUGGCUCCAGGAGGAGUUAGUAUUCAUCGUCGUCGUCAUCAUGUACAGCAGAAUAAAUAUGAUUUGAUUUGCUUUGCUAUUGCUACGCCACGUCCUAAAACCCUGGACAGACACAAGAGAAGCCCGAGUGGGAAUGAAGCGCACACAUUUUUAGGAAGUGGAAUAAGGUCGUGAUUCUCAAAUGGUGUGGCAGCACCUCAAAGUGGGGAAGGCAGCGGACACAAGGUAAAAAUGACAGUUUACGACGGUAACCGACAUAUGGCACUGGAGGACAAAAGAAGCAAUCUUACCAGAAUAAAGAUGUAUUUUUGUAUGCAUGUACUUUUUUUUUUUUUUUU